UCGCGCCACUGACUCGAGAAAAUGGUAGUGAGUUUGGUUUUUGCUUUGUAUGUAUGGAUGGUAAGGCCUAAAACAGAGUAACAACUCUCACAUUUAAUAAUAGACUGGAUGAAGUUACUGUAUAAAGAAUUACCAAGAUGACCGAAGUGCUUGAGUUUAAAGAUGUUGCCCAGGAAGUGAAAGGUGCAAUGAAUGAUGGACGUCUUAAAUUGAGUCGGCAAGGUGUUGUGUUCAAAAACAACAAGACAGGGAAGAUUGAGCAGGUUCAGGCCACAGAUUUAGAAGUAGCCUCCUGGAUCCAGGUUGCCCGCGGACAUGAACUCAAGCUUUUCCAAAAGAAUGGAACAGUUUUUAAAUUUGAUGGAUUCAAAGAAACGGAUUUUGAUCGUCUAUCAUCAUUCAUCAAGAAAAAUUAUGAAAUCUCUUUAGAAGAAAAAGAACUUUCCGUUAAGGGAUGGAAUUGGGGACAACCAAACUUUGUUGGUUCAGAGAUGUCAUUUGAAGUGAAUAGCAAGUCAUGCUUUUCAAUUCCUCUUGGAAAUGUUGCCCAUGCAACAAAGAGCAAGAAUGAAGUUGUGUUAGAGUUCCAUCAGAAUGAUGAUUCAGAGGUGUCACUAAUGGAAAUGAGAUUCUUCAUUCCACCGACCGACUCAGAGGUAGACCGAGUACAGCAAUUCCAUGAGAGUGUGUUGGCCAAAGCAGAUGUCAUUCAAGCUAUCGGAGAUGCCAUUGUUAAGCUUGAACAAAUUGCAUGUCUUACACCAAGAGGUCGAUAUGACAUCAAACUAUACCCAACUUUCAUGCAGUUUCAUGGCAAGACUUUUGAUUACAAGAUUCCUUACACUACUGUCCUUCGUAUCUUCCUCCUUCCACAUAAAGACCAACGUCAAGUGUUUUUUGUUAUAAGUGUUGAUCCACCUAUAGUUCAAGGUCAAACUCGUUAUCAUUUUCUCAUACUCUCCCUCAACAAAGAAGAAGACUUAACCCUUAACCUCAACUUGACAGAAGAGGAGAUGACAGAGAAGUAUGAUGGUAGGCUUCAGCAGGAGAUGGCUGGACCAUACCAUGAGAUAGUGUCCAGGUUGAUGAAGGCUCUCAUUGGCACCAAGAUUACGGUUCCUGGAUCUUUCAAGGGGCCAUCUGGUUCUCAAGCCAUCACCUGUUCAUACAAGUCCAACAGCGGUUACCUUUAUCCUCUGGAACGAGGCUUCAUUUACGUCCACAAGCCCCCAAUCCACAUUCGCUUCGAUGAGGUUACCUGUGUGAACUUUGCACGUGGUACUGGCAGCUCACGUUAUUUUGACUAUGAAAUUGAAACACGCAAUGGAAAUGUUUAUGUGUUUAGCAGUAUAGACAAGGAUGAGUAUGGGCCACUCUUCGAUUUUGUGAAGAACAAGAAACUGAGAAUGAAGAAUAGGAACAUGAAAGAUGACACAGUCAAUUACGAUGAAAUAUUUGGAAGUGAUGACGAGGACGAGCACGAUGCAUACCUGGUACAGGUAAAAGCAGAAGGCCGCGAGAAGGAUGAUGAUUAUGUGAUGGCAGAAGAGGACGACGAUGAUGAUGAGGAUGAUGAUGAUUUUAAUCCACUGGAAAGUGCCAGCUCUUGUGCUGAAGAAUACGACAGUAAUGUCAGUACAUCAAAUUCAAGUGACUCAGAAGAAGAAGGGGACAGCCAGAAUGCUGAAGAGGCUGAUGAAGUGGAGGAGGGAGAAUUGACGUCAGAAACGAAAAAGAGGAAGAAGAAAAAAGAAAAGAAAGAAUCUAAACCAAAAAAAGUCAGAAAAGUAUCUGAUAAACCAAGGAAACCCAGGAAAAAGAAAGUUAAAGAUGAGAAUAAACCCAAAAGGGCGCAAUCUGCAUAUAUGCUAUGGUUGAAUGCACAUCGUGAAGAAAUAAAGACAAAAUACCCGGGAAUAUCGAUUACCGACCUGUCAAAGAAGGCCGGAGAGAUGUGGCGAAACCUUGAUGACAAAUCAAAAUGGAACAAGAUGUACCUGGUCGAAAAAGAGAAAUAUGAUGAAGCAAUGAUAGUAUAUAAACGAGAGUUAGCAGAAAAGGGAUCUGCCUCCAGUGAUGAUGAAGAAGAUAACAAACCAUUAAAGAAAAAGAAAUCUAAGUCAAAGGAGAGUAAGGCAAGUGCUGCUUCAUCAGGAAGCCCUAUGAAGAAGCCAGGAUCAGGAAGUAACUACAAGAGUGCCGAAUUUGUUGAAUCUUCCUCUGAUGACGACGAUGAUGGAAAUGAGAAGUCGGAAAGUGAUGAUGCUGCAAGCGGAAAAUCUGAUUCAGAGAAGGAAGAAGUGAAGAGUAGUGAGGAAGAAGAGAAAGAGGAAGAAGAUGAUGCGGAUGAAGAGAUGGAUGAUGAUGAUGAUGAUUAAAUGUUCAAGGUAAAGGAGUCGAACAUGGUGCUUCUUAAUAUAAACAUGACAAAAGGUAUAAUUAUGUGACAUUUUCAACUGAUAGGUAACAACUGAUUAAAAGAUUCCAGAACAUAAUCCAAAGCUAAGCCUAGCAUGCUUAUAGUGUUCCCAUUGCAUUUUUUAUUUUUGUACAGUAAAGUAAUGCAUUUAUCAAAUAAUGAAUAGAUUUGGUUGAAUAGUUCAGUAUUAUAAAAUCACUCGUAAAUUUUGACACAUUUUAUUAUUACAAAAUUUUGAAGAGUGACAUGUUAUGUAUUAAUUCUGUUUACCAUUUAUUUAAUGUUUAGCCCAUGUGUACCAGCAGUUAUUUAUUUAUCUUCCAGGGUUGGCCAUUCAUUUUGAUGCAUCUAAGCAGUAUUUUGAUGCUAUUAAAUAUUGUAAAUUGCUAUACAAUGAUAAUCAAUGUUCAAAGCAGAAUAUAUAUUACUUCUUUGUUGUUUUAGAUGCUAGUAUCUAAAAAAUAAUAAUGAAAACAUUUUUUUUUCUCAGAAGUGUUUUUAACUGAAAAUAAAUUUGUCAUUUUUGGAGAUUAGUUGGUAAUAUUAUAAAAUCUUUAAAAAGGUUUUGGACAUUUAAAUGUUAAUAUGGAUUUGCAGAACAGCCUAGCAUCCAUUGACUAAUAUUAUUGCUACUGUGAUGAAUCAAAAACAUAAUUGUAUAUUAUAUUUCUUUAAAAUUUGCAGUUCUGUAUUAUAAUUUAUAAAAAUUGUAAUGUCUGUAGUAUCUGUUAACCUUGCAGUCAGGGGUUUGAAUCCUGUAUUGUCCAUUGCUCUUGUGUCCUAGGACUGGACACUUGACCAAUCAAUUUAGAAGGCACAUAUUAUAUAUUUUGUCUCUUUUUGCCAAAUCUGUGUCGCUCCAUCCAGGAGACUAAAUACCCCUUUUGCAUUGCAAGCAAAAUUCCAGGCAUAACCCAGGAUUUUCCAAUACCUGGGCUAGAAACUCCCGAGUUGUGGUUAAUGUAAACAUCAAAAAGUACGACUCAGAUUGCCAAACAUUCCGGGAUCGAUGUGCAGGACGCAUUCAGCGUUGGACAACCUGGGUACACACCGAAAUAGCCAGUGUAACACCGAAAUUUAAUUCCAGAAUAAAAGCCUUACCUAGCGCCUACUGCGGUUGUGGUCAGGUAGGCUUAAACUUGGCUGGCAACGGGCUAGGCCAACACACUUUACAAAUUAAACCUCCUGUGCUUCUGUAUAGACUUAACAAAAAAUUACUGAUUUAAUUCGCAUAUUAAAAAAAAAAAUCUGCUGAUAUAUUGCUUAAAUAUUGCAAUAAUUGUGCUCCAUCACAGCACAAUCAACUCGAGCGAAGUGAUGAUCGCGACAGAAAUUGAUGGUGAUAUUUGAACCCACGUUCGUUGCCGGUGUAAAUAGGUGCAACUCAGGAUCACUCCGGAAUAAACACAGGUUAUUCUGACCUUGGCAGUGUAAAAGGGUAUAAAUGAGUUCAAGCGAGUUUACAUUGUCUUUGCAUUAUUAAAUACAGUUGAACUUGCCCAAGUCGAAUCCAAAAUGGCAUUGAUAAAAUUGUUCAACUUAGAUAAAAAUCUACUUACAGAUCAUUAAUUAAUGGAAAACACAACAAUUGGGUAUGUAAAAUAAGAUCAAAUUAGAAAUUAUUUGAGUAGGCAAAUUCGAGUUAGGCAUAGUCGACUUAGACAAGUUUAACUGCACAUAGUCAUUAAUGAUUCAUUAUUACAAAAUGGUUGGUUUUUUUUUUAGUCCAACAACAAUAAAUGAUAUCUGUAAGGUGUUUAUUUCUUGUUGAACACUGUUGCUGAAGGCAAUUGAAGAUGUGAAGAAUUCAUAGAAAAUGAAAGAUGGUACAUACUGUAUGGCAGAACAAAAAAACAAAAAUCCUGAACAAUUGUUUAAUAUAUGUUUAAGAUGCCGGUAUGAAAGUUCAACUGUAUUGGCAAUUCAUGAAUAGAAUUGAAGUUCAUGUAAUCCUGUUAUACACACUACAAAAGGGAUAACCUUAUUUACCAACGGUUAAAAAAAUCCUUACUUAAAGGUGCAUUCAUACCGAAUCCAAAUUUUCAGAUCAGGGAAGGUCUACCAAACUGAUUAGAAAACCAAAUCAGUGUGUAAGAAUAGGGACGCUGGCAUUGAGCGAUUCGGAAACGUGGUACAAAUUUUAGUUUGGUUCCAAUAUAAAUGCAGCUUUAAGAGCUAAAAAACUUAAAAAAUAAAAUUCAAUGUUUGAGUUGCUUCCUAUCAGCUACCAAUUGGAAUUUAAAUAAGAAAGUAUUCUUCAUACCAUACAGAUGCAUGAAUACCGUAUUUAUUUGAAUAAACGUCCCGCUUUAAAUGAAUGCUUCCCCCCACCCCACCAUUUGAAUAAAACGCUCUUUCUAGAGUCUCAAUUGGAAUAAACGCUUCCCUCAAAUAAAAGUGCACCAAAUAACUGUAAACUAAUGUAAUGGAAGCAACAUCAUUCUCAACAUACAGUAUUCCAUUAAUGUUCUUACUCCAUUAGAAUUACAUUUUUUCUAACCUGGUUUUCGAUCAUGUAAUAAGUCUUUACGAUGAUGCAAUAACACAUUUUGAUAUUAAUUAUGUGUUGUAGUUCCACAUUUAAAGUAAAAGAAAUUGUGUUUAUUUGAGUAUACAUUAUACGUAUACAUUUGACACCAUACAAAAUGAAAGCCUCCCUCAAAUAAAUGCCUCUCCCGUAAGAACACCCCUUCCAAAUAAACGCCCUCUCAAAACCCUUCUCAACAAUAAUUGCCCCAGGGCGUUUAUUCGAAUAAAUACGGUACUGUAUGUUCUUUAGCUGGUAAUGGCUGAAGACUUUUUUGUUUUUGAUCUGUGUUAUAUUGAAGUUUCAUAACAUAUUAAGUUUCAAAGCUUUUAAAAGAGAAAUUCAAUGUUUGGUAAUAUGAAAAUAUGGGGGGAAACCUUGAUAUUAUUUUUUGCAUUCUAAUUAUUAAUUGAAAAUUAUUAAUUGAAAAUUAUUAAUUUUUAUUUAAAUACAAAGUAAACAAUUCAAAUAUUGAAUUAUAUUUUCCAGCUCAUCACAGGAAUUUUUUUUAUCAGCGUUGUACUAUGUCCUCACUGGCACAAUCCUGUUGUUGUAAGCUAAGUUACUGUCAUAGUAGGAUUCAUAAUAAAGUGCAUUGUACUCGAG